UCGGGCGCGCAAGCGCAGUCUCCAUGCUGCGUGCAGCGUCCCGAGCCGUGGUCCGCGCUGCUGUUCGGUGUGCCCGGCGCUCCGGGCCUUCGGUCGUGCGUCCUCUCGCCAUGUCCGGGCCUCCGCCACCCCGCACCGCCUCUGGCGGCCCUCUCCGUCCCGCUACGGUGCUGGGCACCAUGGAGAUGGGGCGCCGCAUGGAUGCGAGCGCUAGCGCCGCGACCGUACGUGCCUUCCUGGAGCGGGGCCACAGCGAGCUGGACACGGCCUUCAUGUAUUCCGACGGCCAGUCCGAGAACAUCCUGGGCGGCCUGGGGCUCGGGCUGGGCAGCGGCGACUGCACAGUGAAAAUUGCCACCAAGGCCAACCCUUGGGAUGGGAAGUCACUGAAGCCUGACAGUGUCCGGUCCCAAUUAGAGACAUCUCUGAAGCGGCUGCAGUGUCCGCGGGUGGACCUCUUCUACUUACAUGCUCCUGACCACGGCACUCCUGUGGAGGAGACACUUCGUGCCUGCCACCAGCUGCAUCAGGAGGGCAAGUUUGUGGAGCUUGGUCUGUCCAACUAUGCCUCCUGGGAGGUGGCUGAGAUCUGUACCCUCUGCAAGAGCAACGGCUGGAUCCUGCCAACUGUGUACCAGGGCAUGUACAACGCCACCACCCGGCAGGUGGAGACGGAGCUCCUCCCCUGCCUCAGACACUUCGGACUGAGGUUCUACGCCUACAACCCUUUGGCUGGAGGCCUGCUGACUGGCAAGUACAAAUAUGAAGACAAGGAUGGGAAACAGCCCGUAGGCCGCUUCUUUGGGAAUAACUGGGCUGAGACCUACAGGAACCGCUUCUGGAAGGAACACCACUUUGAGGCCAUCACCCUGGUAGAAAAGGCUCUGCAGACCACCUAUGGCACCAGUGCCCCCAGCAUGACCUCGGCCGCCCUGCGCUGGAUGUACCACCACUCACAGCUCCAGGGCACCCGAGGGGAUGCAGUCAUCCUGGGCAUGUCCAGUCUGGAGCAGCUGAAGCAGAACUUGGCUGCCACUGAGGAAGGGCCCCUGGAGCCGGCGGUCGUGGAAGCCUUUAACCAAGCCUGGAACCUGGUUGCCCACGAGUGUCCCAACUACUUCAGAUAGACUGACAUGGCUCAAGAUGCCAAGGACUUUCCCACCACCUUUUGGAUUCCCACCUUGGCCAUUCCUUGUCCAGUGCUGACCUAGAGUGGUCUUUUCUGCUGGUCUCCACUCGUUUCCCAUCUGAAUAAAGCAGGUGUCUGACCUGGCUGCAGCCAGGACUGAACCUCA